GAACUGGCCCUUAUACUCUACCGCCCCGCCAGAGCCUCAAGAACCUCAUCCCAAGUGGCUGAUCACUCUUGCCGCUAAGGACCCUUUUUUGCUUCAGAGACAUCGACGUUUGCCUCGAUAGUCAACAUUUUCUCCUGCUUAUCUUAGGGCUGCAACCUCAACCGGUUUGUUGGACGGUCUGUCAGAUUCACUCAUGUCUCGGGAUCAAGACACCUUUUUCGACUUGGAGCGGGACAUCCUUGCACCUUCUCGAAGUCCAUUACUUGAGCCAGUAAACCCGAAGUACGAACCACGAUAUAGCCCUGCACCUCUUGUAGGCGUCAGCGAACAAUCCUCGGAUUCCUCGGAGGCGGAGGAUACAAAAGCGGUGAGGCAUCAGGCGAGACCGAUAGCUCGGAAGGGUCGAGCCAACCGCACCUUUGCCGACGGCUUACUGAAUCUUUCCUUGUGCACACUCGCUAGCCAGGCACAGCAAGAGCCGAUGGACGCAAGAAGUCAAUCAGAAGAGGAGGAGCAGGAGGAGGGUGAGGCUCAGGCCAGCCAAAGACAAAGGAAGGGGCCCAGGAGGGUGAUUCGACAUGGAGCAAACUUGGUCCGAACCAAAUCAAGGCCGGUUACGAGGACGGCCUUACUCGCCAACCCUGAUGGUCCUGACGACGACGAUGACUUCCCCAUGAUUAGCAGCCCAGUCGUUGUGCCUGAAGAGCAACGGGUACGGCCGCCUCCAAAGCCUGAGCAAGCUAUCCAAAAGCCCAAAAGACAGGCUCAAGCUUUCCAUACAGCGUCCAAGCAAGUAGAUCUGUUUAAAACUCAAUUCAACAUAAUCCACGGCGAUCAAGAUGACGACUCAAUCCUCAAGUCACAUAUUCUUGGGAAGUAUGCAAUAUCGCCCCGUGAUGCACAUCCAGAUUCCACCUUGCCAGCCAUACAACAGCGGUCUCCAGCACGUUAUUCACCCGCAGGUCUAGCGAAUUACAUGACGCUCCCAUCUCUAGACAGACUUGGCCUGUGUCCGAGCAUGAUUCGGCCUUUAUCGAGCCAAUUUGCCACUCAUGCAUCUCCGGGUCCGCCGUCUUACAGCAACUCAUGGACAACAGCUGGGAAUUCCAAAGCGUCAGCAUUUCCAGAUUAUACUUCGUCAAUCAUCACGCCCUCCUCUGGUCCCUCUUCGUUGACGGCUCUACAUGAGCGCGAUCGAGAGGAGCAAGAGGAGGACAGCAGGACGCAGCACUUCUCUGCCCAAGAAACCGAUCUGAAAUCUCAAGGUGAAGUUCGAUUCAUACCUCAGACUCAGCCUACAGCGCGAUCGAAGCCUCAGUCCCACCAUCAGUCUCCUCCGGAGCCCGAACCUCAACCUUCAACCUCAGCUGAAUCGCAGACUAAUCCCGACACCGAAUCCCAAUUCUCCGAACUUGAAUCUGAGCUUGAAUCUCAGCCGGAGCUUGAGCCCGAGCCACAGUCUAAAUCGCAACCAAAAUGUCCAUCUGUGUCUCAGUCCGGGGUGGCCGGCAACGCCGCCGCAAGAGCCCACUUUUCGCUAGGCCGUUUCAAGUGCACAUCCGAAGGAUGUAAUGCCCCGCCAUUUCACACUCAAUACCUGUUAAACAGCCAUAUGAAUGUCCAUUCUAACGAGCGAACUCACUUCUGUCCUGUCAAAGAUUGUCCUCGAGGGUAUGGUGGUCUGGGCUUUAAGAGGAAGAACGAGAUGAUCAGACAUGGCUUGGUUCAUAGGUCUCCUGGGUAUAUAUGUCCUUUUUGUCCCGAUCAGCAACACAGGUAUCCUCGGCCCGACAACUUGAAGCGUCACGUACGGCAACAUCACUCGGCUGAAGAUCGUCUUGACCCCAGACUCCGUAAAGUCCUCAAUCAGAACACGGAUGGAAACAACAAGGCAGGAAAACGACGCACCUGGAACCCCUAAGUUCUCGUAACAGUCGCUGGCCCGAUACGUCGUCGACUUUGAGCUGGGGUUUGAGAUUUCAAAUUCCUAUAAACGAAGGCCCAAGUAUGGCAAAGCCAAAAUUUUGGGGUAAUGAAAGACUACUUUUUCCAGCUCGCUAGAUAGUUCUUAUUGCAGCGC